CGCCUUGGGCGAAGUAAUCCAGAACCUCUGGGCCAAGAAAAUCUGACCAUGUGAGGCGAUUUGGGCGAGGCUGAGCGGGUUAAAGGGCCAGCUUCCCCUCACCCAUCGCGACCAUCCUCUCAGCUGUCAUUGUCAUCCUACCUGUCAACGCCUGCCUGUACCUUACUGUCGGUUAGCCUGAUAGCACUUGCAUACCCCGAGAAACUCCGGGACGUGCUGACCUUUACCAUCCCCCCUCCCAAUCCUUAUCUCUUCCCAAUCUAGUCUCUGGGCUACGACCAAACCGUCUUCUUUCCGCUCUUACCAACCACUAUAUCUGUUGCUUCGCUCUCAAUUGCGCUGCGCCUCCUACUCUCUUCUUUCCCUCUUCCACUACCAUACCAAAUCACAUCACAUCACCUCACAAUGGCCGCAUCAAAACCUAGCAUUCGCGCCCUCAGUGCUCUUGCCGCGGGUCCCCGCCUUCUCGGUCCCCGCCUUACCGUCCGACAAUUGUCCAUGACUGGCUCGACAUCAUCUUCCUCCCUUCUCACAACCGACAAGCCAUACGGCUCAAAUCGCUCUCGCGGUCCAAUUCGUCUUUCUGGCGAGCACUCGGCCGCUGUGUCUGAAGCCCCCGAGACGGCCAACAACGUCCGCCGCUUCAACACCUCCAGGAGUAGGAAGGCAGUUGGCGACAGCAGCACUCUAGACUUUGCCUACAUUCCCGGCUUCGACCCGGAAACGAGGAGUGCGCCUCUGGGUAUCAGGGUCCCCAUCUUGCCAUGGGCUGACGUCCAGGGUCACUCUGCCGAGAGCGAGGGUGUGGUGCCCAUGCAACCCACCAUCUACGCCGUCGGCAGUGACGGCACACAUAUCCACUCUCCCUCGGCCAUGUCCGACACCACUGACAACAACUCGUUUGGCUACCAGAGCAUCGCCAACAGCGUCGCCAGCAAAUUCUCAGCUACCCGCCAAGAGGGCGAAGGUAUGGCAAGGCAAAUUUGGAAUGACCUUGUAGACGACAUCGUGGGUCCUAAACGUGGUUCCACCCGGGCUUGAGCCGGACUUGGGGGUUUGACAUGCACAUAAAAAUUGCUUCUUUUUUUGUUACUUGAUACUACGACAUUCAAAAACAACUAAGUAUGUGUAUUUGUGUGUGUGCAUGACACCCUCUAUGUUCUCUACGGGUGACAAUGACGGAGGAUUGCCUUUUUGGGGGGGGAGGGGGAUGGGCAAGUUUUUCAAACGGAUCUGGCGCGAAGUGCUCGGGCAUAUGAGAUCACGAUAUUACUACUACUUUAAUUGAAUUCUUUUUUUUUCCACUAUUGGAAAAAUAAUUUGCAAGUC